AUGUGUUGGUUACAAAACUUUGUUUCAGAAGACUGUCCUCAGAGCCCUCAGCCCUGCGUGUAUUUUAAAUCAAAUGGUGAAGAAUUAGUCAUCAUUGGGUUGUAUGUGGACGAUAUAUUAUUAUUUUCAACCAGAAAUUCACAAAUGAAAGUUGAAAUAAAGAAGAAACUCAUGCAAGAAUUCGAAAUGAAGGAUUUAGGGCCAGCCAGCCAUAUACUUGGUAUGCGCAUCACAAGAAACCAAGAUAAUAUCUAUCUUGAUCAGUCUAGUUACAUAAAGAAUGUUUUAGACCGUUUUCAUAUGACUGACUGUAAGCCAGCUCAAACUCCAAUGGAAUCGGGAUUGAAACUUGUAAAGGCUGAUAAAAAGGAGGAGAAUUUGGAAUAUAGAAAUUUAAUUGGUUGUUUAAAUUAUAUUUCAGUUAGCUCCAGGCCAGACAUCGCGCACGCGGUUUUAUUCAGUUUUAUUACUAUCUGUAUUUUCAAAUUUCAAAUUUCAAAGUUGUCAUUUGACAUAACGGUGAAAAUUUUAUCUAGGUACGCGAUUGUGUUGCACAAAAACUUUGUUUUUGUUUGCCAAAAUAAGUAUUACUAUAACGAUAUAAUGCAAGAGCUGGAGAGCCCGUCUUUAUUUUUAGUCGAGGAGCGUGUAAAGACAUUUAAAGCAUGGCCAUUCAGUGAUGAUUUCAAAUGUAAUGUUCGUAAUAUGGCUGAAGCGGGCUUUUAUUCAGUAGCAACGGGAGAUGAUGAUGCAGACGCUGCCAAGUGCUUUCUGUGUGGUAAAGAACUUGAUGGUUGGGAGCCAAAUGACGACCCUUGGGCGGAACAUAAGAGUCAUGCAGCUAAAUGUGCUUUUGUACAACUUGGCAAGAAAGAAGAUGAUUUACUGCUAGCAGAGUACUUGUCAAUAAUUAAGCAAUACAUGAUUAACGAAAUUAAAAGACUGGCGGAAGUAGCAAAAGAACAAAUAGAUGAUAAAGCUAAGGAUGUAAGACGCAGGUGCUUGGGAAGAAGAUGAAAUAUACAAGAAAUUAGUAAUUAUAAACAUGCAGAACAUAUGUGAACAUUAUAUAAAAUUGUGUCUGGGAAAAAUAUAGUAUUAUAUGGAUGCAAAAUUAAAUUAAAUGUAAUUGUAAUAAAAAAAAAAGCUGUUCUGCAUUCCAGAUUCACAUUCUACGAGCAAGCUGUUUGAAAUUUGCUCUGGGUCUUAAAAAAUACAAUCAAUACCUAAUUUUAAAAUUAUAUUUAUAGAAACUUAAUUUCAAGGUUUUGAGGGAUGAAUUGCACUAAAAAAAAUCAUUAGGAUCUUUUUGUACCAAAAAUUGUGUUCACAGUUUUGAUCAUAAUAUUAUAUUAUUCCAAAUACUUGCUUGCUAGCUUGGUAUUAGUUAAAGAAUUUUCUGAAUAAGUAAACAAAUCUUUUCUCUGUAAUGAUUUAUGUAUGUGUAACUUUUACAAUGGAAUAAGAAUAAAUGAGUUUAUGAAA